AAUUUAUAGUCAGUAGUCUUCCUCAUCUCUCAUUACAUUCACACAAACAACAAUCACUUACACACUCAAAUGGCUGUAGCAGCUUAUGCAUCUUUGGUUUCUCUCACUGAUGUUCUCGACAAUGUUCAACAUCCUGCUCGUCGUCAUCGGCUUCAUCUGGACAAGGAACAGAUCCAGAGCUUGCACCAAAAGGUUGUGUUCUUGCAGCACUUUCUUGAACUUCAUUCCCAAAGAAUAAGCCCAGAAAUGGAAGAUCUGGCGAGGGAACUAGCUGUUGCUGCCGAUGAAGCAGACGAUAUCAUUGAUUUCCACAUGGUGAAUCAACUUCUUGAAAGAUCUCAAGAUAAAGAUCAUCAUAUGGCUGCUCUCUCAUCCUUCCGUCAGGAUAUCGACAAAAUUAUCAAAAAGAUUGAUUCCAUCACGGAAAAGUUGAUGAUGGUUAAAGAGGAACGGGUUGACAUUCAAGAACACCCUCCUAUAGUUUCUGCUUCUAUGGGUUCUAACGCACCUUCUUCCCGUGACAAAAAUACUAUGGUGGGAUUUGAUGAACGCUUACUUCAGGUCGUGGAUGAGCUUACUAGAGAUGAAUAUGAUCUUCGGAUCCUCCCAAUCGUAGGGAUGGGAGGCAUUGGUAAGACAACUCUAGCUCAAAAUGUAUUUGACCAUCCAUAUAUUAUCAAUCGCUUUGAUAUACGCAUUUGGUUUACAAUAUCUCAACAAUAUAGCGUUCGAGAAGAUCUUCUAAAGUAUCUUAUAAAUGACAAAAAGAUCCAAGCAAGUGCUGCGGAUGAACUAGACCUAACUAAAUUAGGAGAAUGCUUUCACAAACUUUUAUUUGGUAAAAGGUAUUUGAUUGUUUUGGAUGAUUUGUGGAGUAUCAAAGCAUGGGAAGAUUUUAAAAUGUCGUUCCCAGAUAAUAGCAAUCGAAGCCGAAUUUUGGUGACUACUAGGUUGUUGGAUGUGGCUCGUCCUUUGGGCUUUGACAAUCAUUAUUUCACAAUGACUAUUUUAGACAAUGAUCAAAGUUGGAAUUUACUAUGUCAAAAAACUUUCGCACGAAAAAGUUGCCCUUAUCCAGAGUUGGAAGAAAUUGGGAGGAAUAUUGCUAGAUGUUGCUACGGGCUUCCUCUAGCAAUUGUUGUAAUUGGUGGGCUCCUUGCAAAAUCCAAUCAUACACGAGAGUAUUGGGAGUUUGUUGCAAAGAAUGUAACCUCAUUUGUCAAUUCUGGAGAUGAUGAUCAUUGUUUAAAGAUAUUGUCUUUGAGUUACAACAGCUUGCCGAUUUAUCUUAAACCAUGUUUUCUUUAUAUGAGAGUUUUUCCUGAAGAUGAUUGGAUUGAAGCCUCUAAGCUGAUAGAAUUAUGGAUCAGUGAGGGGUUUCUAAAACUAUUAGGAGGUAAAAGUAUGAAAGAAGCUGCAAAGGAAUGCUUGAAGGAUCUUGCUGACAGAAAUCUGAUUUUCAUUCGUAAAUGGACGCGUAGUGGGAAAAUAAAAGAAUGUGGCAUUCAUGAUAUUCUAAGAGAGUUAUGUUUUAGAGAAUCUAAGAGAGAAAAUCUUAUUCGCGUCCCUAAAGCACACAAGAUUCCUCUUUCAAUAUUGAAUGACGGUGAUGUCUGCUUUCAGUGUGGUCAUUGGGUGAAUAGACAUAAUAAGAUACAUCUUCAAGAAGUUGGUGUUGGCUCGCAAUCAAUAAUGGUUGCGAGUACAUUAGUGUGCGAGGCUUGUAAUAAUAUGUAUCAAAAUCUUAAUAAAUUAAGAUGGGUGAAGGUAUUCAAAUUGGGAAAUGAUGAAUCCCAUGUAACAUGUCCGCUACACACAAAGUUGUCGUACGUUAAGGUUGAACUAUCUGGUUGGUUCGAGGAGAACCGAACACUUAUAAUUCCUGGUACAAUUUCCUUACUUUGGAAUCUACAGAUUUUGGAUUUAAGUUAUUUACAAACAGUGUCGUUGUCUGAAAUUUGGGAGAUGCCAAAACUUAGACAUUUCCAUUUUGGUGGCAGGUUUCCUGAUGUACUUAAGGGGCAAGAUUUCACUAUUUUGAAAAACUUAAGUACAAUUAAGAUAGGAGAGUUUUGUUGUAGUAAGGAGGUUGUUAAAAGAAUUCCAAACUUAAGGAAAUUAAGAGUUGGUAUGUGGUUACCUGGUGAUUGUUCUGUCGCUCAGUUCAAUAAGCUUGAAUCACUCUCUUUAUGCUGUGGUACUUCGGAUUUGGACUUCCCAACUUCACUAAAGAAGUUGAGUUUGUGGGAUUGCGAAAUUCCUUGGGAAAAGAUGACGAUAAUUGGUUCUUCAUUGCCCAAUCUUGAAGUGCUUAAAUUGAAUAAUGCAUGUGUCGGGCCGGAGUGGAGUCCAAACGAUGGGGAAUUUCUUCAGUUGAAAGUAUUGGUCAUUUGGAGUGAGGAAUUGGAGCAUUGGGGAGCAGAGGAUAUCCAUUUUCCAAAUCUACAUGGGUUGUAUCUAGAAUUAAUGGAUGAAUUGAAAGAGAUCCCUUUAAGCAUUGGUGAUAUAUAUACACUACAAUCCAUUCAUUUGCUAGGGUGCAGUGUCUCUGCUAUGAAUUCGGCAGUACAAAUAGUGAAGGACCAAAAGGAGAAAGGAAAUGAGAAUCUUCAAGUUUAUGUAGAUUGGAAACAAGUCGAUGAAGAACAGGUCUUUUUAGACUCCGAUGAAGAAUAA